AUGGGGAAGAAAGGUGCCGGGACCGGCGUCAACACCAAGGUCCAAGCCGCUAGAGAGAAGCAGGCCGCUGUGGAAGGAGCGAGAGCCGCCAAGGCUCAAGCGGCCCAGGAGGCCGCGGAGGCUAAGGAGUGGAGCAAAGGCGCGAACCAGAGGGGCUCGAAGCGGGAGGACGAGGCCGCCCGGAAGCAGGAGGAGAAGGCAUCCAAGAUUGCCGCUAAGAAGGCGUUGCAGGCGGAGGAAGCGGAACAGCUCUCCGGGUUCAAGUCCGUUGUGGUAGACGUGCCGCCAUGGGAGGCCGCUCUGAUGUCGUCCUCGGUGAGCAACAAGGAGAAGAAGAGGCAGGAGGCGGCGAAACGGCAGGCGCAGGCGGAGGAGGCCCGUAAGGCAAAGGCCGAGCGAGCCGAGAAGGAGGCCAAGGCGAUGCGAGACUCGGGCAUACAGAUGGGGGACGACUCCGACCUAUCUGGGAGCGCGAACCCCAACAGAAAAGGUGCCGACGGGGGGGACGGUGGGGACUGGGCAAGCGGCAUCGACGCCGCGAUCGGGAGCCUGAGUCUGGAGGGCGCAGGACCGGCGGAGCGGCAUCCGGAGAAACGGCUGAAGGCUGAAGCCCAAAGCCCGCGACCACAGUGUCUGUCAAUAAGGUGUAUCGUUCGCGCCUCAUUGAUUGUUAUCUAAUUGGCGUUUCUGUUCCAUUCCCACCCCCUCUACACCCCUGCUCCGUCCUCUUGAGAACGCGUGAUCAAUGGGCUAACCGGGCCAAGGCAUGCGAAACAUGAGCACGCCCCCCCUCUACAAAUCUGCUUCCCCUUGAACCCUGGUGGGUGCAUGUGUCUUUUCUUUUAGGCCUUGGCGGCGUACGAGGAGAGAGAACUGCCUGCCCUGAAGGAGGAGAAGCCGGGCCUGAAGCUGCGCCAGUACAAGCAGAUGCUAUUCGAGCAGGUGAACGAUGCGUGCUUUUCCCCCCCUGCUGCUGUGUGUUGUCGAGUUCAGGAAGCGACCGGCGCUUUUCACUUGUUACAGCGUCGUUGCCGGGCAACAAAUAAUCAUGACGGGGGGGAUUGUUUUUUCGUUCCUCGUCGAAUUGUUCUCUUUUCCUCUUCGAUUGGCCUUCGCGGUCGGACGUCCACACUAUUCUGCGUGGGAUCUUGCUGCAAAGAGCGGCGCGAAGCCGGGCUACGUCUACCCCAUCCCUUACCCCGAUCCUAUUCUCCGAAACGCCUCCCUCUCCCCCUCCUCACCGCGAUAUCAAUCGUGUAUCCCCCCCCCGCCCCCUUUGCGUUUGUCACCCCCGUCACCCCUCCCGUGUGUGUCUUGCCCGCUUGCUGUCUGUCUAUCCCCCGCUCCACCCACAAUUUCGCGGAAAUUUCUGUCAGUUCCAAAAGUCGCCCGAGAAUCCCGUCAACAAGGCAAGAGCGGCGGAGGCAGCGGAAGCGGAAGCGGCAGCGGCAGCGGCAGCGGCAGUGGCCAAAAAGUAAAAAACGCCUUCCGAUACAUUCAAACUCUCUUUUCUUUCUGUUCGCUGCAGUGAUCCAGCACGACCCCACGGUUGAAGCAUGGGCGGGUACGUUGUUUGCUGGCCAAUCAGUAGCCAUCGACUAUGUACAGUACGAGUGAAUCUCGCUCGGGCGAGAAAAGCACCGUUCCUGGUCCUUCUGGGACAGGGGUGGAGGGUGUGGGGGGGUGACAAGUUGUUGCUGGCCAUUAGUCGACCACUAGACAUCGACCCCGAGUGAAGCACCGUACCUGGUCCUUGUGGGAUUGGGACUGGGUGUGAGAUGUUGUUGCUGGCCAGUGGCCAUCGACCACCACGAGCGUGUCCUCGUGGGCCAUGGGUGGGGGGACAAGUUGUUGUUGCUGACUACUCAAAUGCCAUCGAUCGCGAGUGAAUCUCAAGGCCUUUGUUGAGAGGUCUUGCAACCUGGCGAAGGCGCGACCGCUUUCAAGUACGGCAGUGUAUGUCCUCAAGGAAGCUGUUUGCCGUGAUUGGUUGAAAUUCUGGUCGGGGCGGCGGGGGCUUGUCGUUCGUAUGCGCUGUCCAAAGGCAGAUGUGUCGCUUCCAGCGCCCCUGGUCCGGUGCUUGCUUGUACCAACAUCUUGGGGAUAUUUAAUGUUCGAGUGUGCUCCUGUGUAUCUGGCAAGUUCUUGGAUGCUCUGGACGAGGAUAUAGAAGCUAUGCAUACGUCCCCGCCUUUUUUCAACGAAUCCCGCCCCGCCUUCUCCACGAACGACGGUUCCCUUCUGAACGCUACAGCAGUACCACACUGUUCUGUUUGCGCUGCGGCCGCGAGUUGGUAGCAGCGCGCCCGGG